UAUGGCGUCUGGUCGUUCUCAAGCUACGCCAAGAAAGAUCAAAAUAGGCGCUGGUUCCGUGGUUUGUCAAGAGGUAGAAAUCAAAGGCGAAGUCGUUAUUGGGUCUAAAACUGUAAUUCAUCCUAAAGCUAGAAUUAUCGCUGAAGCAGGGCCAAUUAUCAUCGGCGACAAUAAUUUGAUUGAAGAGCAAGCGACCAUCAUAAACCCUUCUUUAAGGGAAGGAGAUGAAGGGGAAGAGAAAAUCGUAAUGACCAUUGGAAACCACAAUGUGUUCGAAGUAGGAUGUCAGUGUGAAGCAGUCAAAGUCGGGGAUAACAACAUCUUGGAAGCGAAAAGCAAAAUUGGUCGCAAUACGUUGCUUUCUCAUGGGUGUGUGAUAGGAGCGAAGUGUGAAGUGACUUCGCAGGAAACUAUUCCAGAAAAUACUGUUAUCUAUGGGCAAAGCUGUAGUCGUAGGAUACAAGCAGAAAGACCUGUUCCACAGACUUUGCAAUUGGACUUUCUAACCAAGAUUUUGCCAAAUUAUCACCACUUGAAAAAAUCAAGCCGUUCAUGACUGAAUUAAAGUUAAUAUAAGCUUAACUUAUAUUAACUUAACCUAAUUUAUUUAUUUGGAUUAGCAUUGGAUGCAGGACCAAAAGUAAUGCAGUGGGUAUUAAUGAUUCAAGGUAGUCAACAUUUGCAGUUCAAUUCAACUCAAGGUCUCAUAACAGGUUGUUUUCCAAGAAGAUGAGUGAAUAUGAUGAUCCAUAAUCUUCUAACCUCUAAGUGCUGUUUGCCCUGGCAACCUUUGUUAAGUAAGAGUUAAUUGCCGAGAAUGGAAGCUAUAAGCCAUAUUCAUCCCAAUGGCUUACUGCCAACAUUUGAGGUAAUAAGUUCUUUAUUGUGCCAUUGAAAAGGUUUUAACAGAACAAUGAAAUAUAACAUUGGUAAUGCCACAGGGAGCCCAAGCAAUGACUUACCAAUUCUUGGCUUUCACUGAUCAAAAAAAAAAGCUAUUAGCAAAAAUUUAUUGUCCACGAGAGAACAUAUAAGCUUUUGAAUAUGGUCCUACUUUACAAAGAAAUGUAUGGGAAAGYCAUGAUAGUAUACUAAUCUUGAACACCAACAUGGCAGACAGUAAUUCCAAGUCUCAAAUUGAGUUCAAAAAUAAUGAUUUUGCUUUACCUUUGCAWCAAUAUAAUUGUAAACAUUCAAUUUGGUGUCAAGGCUUUUUGAGGAUUUUUGGCAUUUAUCAAGUCAUGUGACAAUAUUGUGUGACAUAUUUUUGAAUGUCAAUAACUCAUUGAAUUUACAUCAGAAAAGUUUAAACAUUCAGAGGGAACUUCUUUCAUGCUCUUCAAGAUAUUUCAGUACUACAAUGUUGUGUGUCUGUGAUUUUAGAAUUUUUUUCGACUGAUGAUGUAAUGUGAAAGCCAAGAAUAGUCAUCUUAUGUCAAGUCAAAGCUCCUUCAUCUCAGAUGGUAAUGCAUUUUAAAACAAAAGUAGUAUCUAUAGGACUGGAUGGUGAAUCAAAUAGUAUAUAUAUAUAUAGUAUAUCAGGAACUAGAAUGUUGUACAUGUACUUUACAGAUAUUAGAGAUAUCAACAAAUAGUAACUAAAAACAAUUCAGGUCU